AUGGAGAAGCGCCGGGCGCGGCUUCGCGUGAUCGAUCCAACAUGUGCUGCCAGCAAGGGCGGCGCACGCAUGACCGUCCAAGGGCUGUGGUUCAAAGGGCCUCCAACUGUCUUGACCAUCCAAUUAAGCAUCCCACUCGUGGGUAAAACCGUCGAGAUACCAGCCACCUUUGCUACCGAAACGCAGCUCUCGUUCGUACUUCCAGACGUCACAGCUUUGGUCAAAGCAUCUCUGGCCGAAGCUUGGGUCUCUCUGACACUUACAGACUGCAACAACAGCGGCACGUCGACAUCAAAAACCACCGACUCACCUCGUUUGAGGCUCGUGCUGUACCCCGAGAUCACUACGAAAAAAGUGUCGCCGAUGCAUUUGCCCCUAUCGGCUACUUCCGAUGCCAAAAUCUCUCUCUUUCUCAACAAUCGGUACGCCAUGUCGUACAUCCUGACAACGCCCGAACUCCCCAAGACUACCCACUCGGACUCCCUGCCGAGCCACCGCGUUGACGAAGACCUCUCUCCACGGCUGAAGGCAGCCCCCUUGGUGCACCUGACAUCCUUGCCUGUCUUUGUCCGAGUAAGCUACGUGAGUGACAAGACAAAGACGUCAGUGCAGGUCAUUCGGGCGGCCACUUGGAAUGCUUCCAGUGCCGUAAACGGCGAACUCAUGCUGGAAUUUGACCCGCCAAGAGCUGCCAUCGGCAUUAUGCAAGUCCACGUGACGCUCAACAAAGUCGAGUUUUUCGAGAGCUUGGGGUACACAGUGUUGCGGGAUUACACUCUAUGCGGUAUCAAGCCAAGAUGCCUCGCCAUCAGCAACACGCACAACACGGAAGUCGUGCUGAGUGGAGACUACUUCCUUGAGACGGGAGAGAUCAUUGUCCAGCUCCAGCACAUCGUGGACCCGUCAACUCGCGACGGCAAGCAGCAGCCGCUGCCCUUCGUCAACUUGAACGGAAUGUGCACGUCGCCAACAGAAAUUACCACGGCGAUUCCACCCAAGUCUCGGCAUGGACUGGCCCAGUUCGCCGUGUCGUGCAACCAUGGAGAACACUUUUGUCUCCAAGUCAUUCAAGGGUUAUUAUACCGCGAACGAUUGCCGAUAGCUCUGUUGCCGACGGAAGGCUCGAUCGCAGGCGGCACUCCCAUUCAAAUCCAACUUCCCGUUCUCGAGGACGACGCAGCCGACUCGUUCCAGCUCUUACGAUCAGCCCUCAAGCUGACGAAGGUGAUUCGAGUGAAGUUCGAGCCUGAAGACACAGACACUCCAGCCCAAGUGGUCUAUGGCGAGCCCGACAUGGACCAGGCUGGUGUCAUUCUGUGCACGUCGCCGGGCUUUGACACCAAGUCGUCUUUGCUUUUUCACGUGUUUGUCUCCAUCUCGCUGGACGGCGUCAAGUUCCAUGGGCGGCUCCCGUUUACUUACUUUGGCCAGUACACCGUCCGGUCUCUCUCCAUGCAUCACGGCCCCAACUCUGGCGGCACCCACGUACAAAUCCGCAUGAAUCAUCCUGUGCCCGCCAACUUGCCGAUUGCCGUCAAGUUUACGAGUAAAGGAAGCAGCCACGUGUUUUCGUCGGUGGUCGGCAGGAUGGACCAUGGGCAGGACGCGUGCGUGAUCUCGUGCACGACGCCUCCUUGGCCAUCCAUUGAUACCGUCCACCUCACCAAAGUCCAAGUGAGUUUGAACCAGGGAGUCGAUUACAUUCCACCGGACGACCCGACGUCGAACUCUGUCAAGUUUCGCACCGCCCUCGACGUCGACGAUUCGUUCUUGCUGUUUUUAUUCUACACGCCGCCGCAAAUCAACUACAUCUGGCCGACGUCGUCGUCGCAGGAAGGCGGGGGAGUGCUUCGCCUCAAAGGCCUCCACCUUGUCGAUCACGGAGGGACCGUGAGCGUUGUUUUUAGUGCUGGAGCGACGCAUCGAAAGGUCCGAGGCUUCAUCGAACUCGACCCGACACGGCACUCGGACGUGUUUGGGGACUCGCUCACGCUCAUGUGCUGCGCGCCGUCGUUCGCUCUCGGGUGCUGCGACAUCUACGUCUCCCUGAACGACCAGCAGUACACCAAAUGUUCGUUCCAAAACAUAGUGGUGCCUACACGAAACCAGUUUUUAUUUUUCAAGGCGCCGGCGAUCGUGGCGGUGUCCCCGAUCUGCUCGCCGUCCCAGGUCGGCUCGACUGUCGUGAUCCAAGGCGUCGAAUUCAUCGACACGGGCAGCAUUCAAGUCCGAUUCACAUACACCAAGCCUGACUCGGAUCGAGAUACGCGACAAGUGGCGCAAUUCGUCGAAGGAAAACUCGACGCCAACGGCGCGAUUGUGUGCCAAACCCCCGUGCUCAAGAUUGUCCAGUCGGUGGUGUACAGUCGGUUGGACCUGUCGCUCAAUAGCUGCGAAUACACGGACAUCGGGAUUCCGUUCGUCUUUUACCGGCAGCACCGAAUGACUCGCGUCGAGCCAGCGGGCAUGGCAUUGCAACUAUGCACAACCCAACGCGUGUACUUGCAGCCUGAAAUCGUCAGCGACAGGAUUAAAGUGCGGCUCAAGGUUGCCCACCGCUUGUGUGCGAAUGCUCCAGUGACUAAAUCCAACAUGCAGCCCGUCGUUGCAACGUCAUGGUCAUCGAGUUACAUUGACUGGGAAUGUCCGCCUUUGGCGUCGGUCGUCUCGUCCCCGAGUCAGUUGAUCCAAGUGCAAGUUGAAGUUGCUUUGAAUGGCCAGCACUUCCUCGAGGUCGGGAAUCUCCUGUCGCUGUGUUCUGUGUAUUCAAUCCCAAAAGUCGAUCGCAUCUGGCCGAUCGCCGCCCCAUUUGAACAUGCAACGGAGCUGCACAUUUUUGGCGACGGAUUUGAUCCCUCCAGUGAAAUACUCGUCCGCGCGACGAUUCCAGGCUACACAACUCAAGUCCAAGUGACUCGCACCCUCGUGGCGACGUUCAUCUCGCCUGAACAAAUCGUUGUCGAAUGUCCGAGUGCAGCUGACUUUAGUCCACCACUAGCGACCGAUGCGACAGUCGGUGAAGGAGCUGCCGUCGACUUUGCGCCGUCGCAAACUGCUACCACGAGUCCUGUGAAACGUGGGAGCUCGAAACGGCGGGUGGCGGUGGGGGGCUGGAAGGUGAUCCCGAUCAGUUUGGAGCUGGCUACGCGCCACGAUCAAUUCAGCCCACUGCCUUUCGGGUCACAGUUUUAUUUCCCCCCGACUACGUUGAGCGCCGAGCCGCUGGCCGGCUUCACGUCGGGGGGCACUGUCGUCUCGCUCAAGGUAGACCCGAUGCAAGUGCACUAUAUGCAAUUGAUCGAGGACCAAAUCCCGCUGCUUUUCGGCGACGUCUACGUGUGCGGAUCUCGCCGCGACAACGAAAUUUCAUGCGUCGUGCCUCCCCUGCCGCCCGGAAAUCACUUGAUGUCCAUGGCUCUCAACCAACAAGCUUUUCAGCCGGUCAAAAUCGGUGGCUUCCCCGUCCACUUUGAAGCGUUUCCGCCGCCACUAGUCGCUUGUCCCGACACCGCCCACUCGACUGUCCAUUUUGGGCCCGUCUGUGGCGGCACCCCGAUGGAAAUCCAAGGCCAUGGAUUUGUCGCCACCGGCGUCACCCUGGUUAUGUUUGAAUUCCCUGGGAAAGAGUACGUGGUCGAAGGCAAGUUUGUCACGCCAGAGAUUGUGACGUGCCUCACGCCUCGAGUCGACCAAAUCGGCCGCGCCAAAGUGCUCGUGUCGUGCAAUGGCCAGCAGUAUUCGCACCACGACAGUUUGUCGUUCGAGUUCCAUGCCGCGACAACACUUGCCCUCGACUUCAAGUGCGCGCAUAGCGGGUCCAUUCGAGGCGGCACGGUCAUUCAGUUCCAUGUGUCGAACGGACUUCCUGUCGACCUGGCGCUAGUCCGUGCAGUGGUGAAUGUCGUCGAUCCGAUCUCAGGACGAGGCCAGCGCGUCACAGCCGAGUUUGACCCGGUCACUCGAGCGAUCUGGUUUGCAACCCCGGCGUGGCCGCAACCAGCGCACGUCCACUUUUACCUGUCUCUGAACAACUGCGUCUUCUUCGUCGCGACGAACGUGACCUUUUUGUACUACACACCCCCUCCUCCCAUUCGACGCAUCUCGCCAGCGGCGGGUCCCAUCACCGGACAAACAUGGGUGGUCGUCGAGUGCCCUGGUGCGAUCGAUACUGGCGAAGUCGCGUUCAGGUUGACGAGUCGGGAUGACGUGCCCCCGGUUGUAGUGCCGGCUGUCUUUGCUCCCGAUGGUACCCUCGGGUUCAUUUCGCCGCCUGUCGAUGGCCCGCACGUCGUUUCCAUCGAGAUCAGCCUCAAUGGCCUGGAUUAUCCGACCGUGGUUCGAUCGAGCACGUCGUCCCUCACAAAGCACUGUGCUGUGGUCGACGAUAGUGUUGCAUAUCAAUUUUACACGCCGCCACAGCUACUGGCCAUGACGCCACAGUGGGGUCAAAUCGAUGCCGACACAACCAUCACACUACAUGGCGACCACAUUGCCGAUUUUGGGGCGCCGAUUCAAGUCCAGAUUAUCCCAUGGCAGGGCCGAAUCCCCAUCGUGAUGACGGGCUCUGUGGUUUUGAUGAAUGAUUCGACGAUGCCCGGCGGCGUCGACUGCGACAAGGAGACUGGUCGAAGGACCAUCACGUGCCUCUUGACGCAAGGCAGCGUCGAGGCCGGCUACUACCGCGUCGAAUUCAGUUUGAAUGGCCAGCAGUACACAGAAUCCGACUACCCCGACCCACGGCACAUGAGUCCUCUGGCUGUUCACAAAAUUCGUCCUUUGUUUCCGUUCCGGGUGUUUGCGCCGCCGUUCUUCCUUGCGACAACAAUUGGCGCAACGAGCGGCGGAUCCCGCGUCCUCGCGUGUGGCAGCAACCGAUUCAUCAAAAUGCUACUGCGUACCGACUGCAAAUGCCACAUCCAAUUCACGCCCGUACGAUGGAUCGGACAGUCGUCGUCGGCCGCCAAGCUGCCCGACAGUGUCAUGGUCUCGACUGAGGUCGAUGUCCAACUCGGUACUGUGCUUUGCCGGGCCCCGCCAUUUCGCUUCCCGUGUGUCGCGACGGUCGAGUUACUGCUUGGAGACAUUCGCAACGUCGACAGCAGCUUAGUCCACAUGGCCAAAGAAAAGUUUCACUGCUACGACUCACCCACCAUCACGGAAGUUGUGCCAUCGUGUGGCCCACUCACUGGCGGCUCGAUCUUGACCGUUCAAGCGACGCAUGUGAUCGAUACGAAUCAAGUCCACGUGAGGUUUCAAUGCGCUGCCAACAAGCAUGCGUUUUGUGUUGUCCCGGGCAAAGUGUCCAACACGUUUCCAGACGGAACGACGAGCAAAACGCCGCUGAUUUUGUGCCGCGCGCCUCGAAUUGAGCGCAUGUGCGAAAUAUCCCCGCCGUCCGCCCCCCUCCAGUUCCAUGCUGUCGCGAUGACGAUGGUGACUGCUCAUCACACUCGCGGGCAGCACAGACAUGGUCCCCACCACGGAGCAAAACAUAACACGAGAGCCCAUUCUUCGCGGUUGCACACGUCCGCCCGGCUGAAUCGCCCAGGCCACGUCCAUGUGCGCCAACUGGCGCAGCCACCUGAUACGUUGCUCGUCGACGAGUCGAGCUUUGGAGCGGUCGAUCCUGACCAUCCGUUUUUGGACGUGCUGGUUGACUUUAGUCUGAACGGCGGGGAGCAGUUUCUCCCGCGAAGUGCUCCAUUUCGAUUUUACACUCCCCUGACAUGUACAAACUUGACGUUUGGGCCACUUCACGUCCCCCAGACCAACCUCGACCUUCUGGCGGGCCUCCAUACCACUUCGCACCGCCUGCGGCAGCUCGUUCUGACAGGUUUCGAAGCGCCUGCGCUCUACGAUUCCAAGUGUGCGGGUAUCAAGUUCGAGUCCAUCACGGACGACACAGCGCACGAACUUCUGCUUCCGUGCUCUGUUCAAGCAGGCAGCGUUGUAUGCGACUUGCCGCAUUUCCCGACUGACGGCAAAUACCGCGUCUCGUUUGCGUUGAAUUCGCAAGAGUUUACGCAGUUGCAUGACCCCAUUCAAGUCCAUCGUCCCGUGCAUAUCAUGGACUGUUUUCCCCGGCAGUUCCCGUUUCAAGGAGGGCAUCAUAUGACCGUCAAAUUCGCCGCGUCGUCCGUGGCGGACUUGCUGCGGUUUGCGGCCCCGACUGCCGCCAUGGACUCGCACCCUCCACUAUCGACGUUAAAGACGUUGGGCGCUACGAGUGGCAGCAGCCCAAGCUAUAUCGCUGGUGAUGACGAGCCCGUGUGGCGUCCUCGGCGAACCCAUCACAUCGAGGUGAUCUUUGCCGACGAAAGCCGCCCAAGUCGGGGUGUCAUUCAAGUCACGGCACGUAAUCGGGUGUUUGGUUGGAUCGUCGCCCUGAUGAAUGUGGACGUCGUCGACUCUGGCGCGUUCGACGUGGACGCGACAGACUGGGAAGGCGGACAAGUGGUGUUGACGGUGCAUCUCAACGACAAUUACAACACGUUUCGGAGGGUUGUACGCGACAUGGACGUACCAACUCAAGUCGUUCUGGUCAAGAAACCAUCUUCCAGCCAUCGUCUUUGUGCCGUGGGGUGCUUUGAUCUGGUGGAUGCGGCCGGGAAUGUCGCGUGGACGGCCGGCCCGAAAACAGCCAACGAUGUCGAUAUCGAGGCGCUCUCGGCGACAGCCGCCACCGACGACGACGACGUCGCACACCAAGGCGUAUGGUAUUUCAUUCGGGUGAACUUGGCCAAAGCGCCACGGCAUCGUCCAGAUCCUUGCACAUCACUGGAUGCCGUGCUUCUUUUAAGCCACGACCAAACGAUCGUGCAUGAAGAAUUGCCACGCGAAGAACACUGUGCGUCCAUGUCGAGCCUUUUUGUCGUGGGGGCGAUUCAAUUUCGACCUGGAAAGCACUUUGUCCGCCUUGCGCAAUGGAUUGCUGCCGAUGCACCUCGGUUGCCUCCACCACCACCGUUGGACUCGCUCCAAGUACUCGACGAUGCAUAUCAGCACUGGGAAACACCGGAAGCACUUGCGCCAUGGACAUCUCUCGAAGCCAGUCCAGACUGCGCUCUACACCUCACCGUGUCGUUCAAGGCUGGGGACCAUCUCACGCGAGUCGCUCCGCAAGCUGCCAUUGCAACCGACGACGGCGGCCAGACGUACACACUGCAGUGCGUUGUCCCAACCACGUUUACCUGCGCUGGCCCAGUCACCAUGUGGCUGGCCAUCAACGACAUUUGCUUCUCCAAUCCGUACACGUUACGCUCGUACGACCCGAGGCAAUGGAAGUUGGAAUCGAUCGAGCCUGCAUGUGGCCUCCAUGGCAAGUCCACCCCGGUCAAGGUGCGGGGCGUCGGAUUUGUCGAAACCCACGCGAUUCAAGUCCGGUUUGGGACACCCACCCACGUCGUGGACGUUCCUGGCCACAUUCGGCUUCGCCAGUUCUUGGACGUAGCGGUCGUCGGCCUCUCCGUGGCCGGGCGCACGUACAGUGAAAACAGCUUUGUUUUCAGCUUGCUUGUCCAGUACAACGACGACGAUCCGGUCGCGACGGGGUGUCGGCGCAUGCUGUACCACUUGAAAAAGGAUUUGGGAACCGUGCUGUGGAACGAAACGCUGCAAUUCGAAGUGCUGGGGCAUGCCAAGACCGUCAUGCUAACGCUUCGCGCGGCGUCCGACGUAGGCGAUCUGGACGAAGGUGCAAAAAUGAGAUCCAAAACAUUCAAAACAAUUGCGACGGGAAAGUGGGUCAUGCCUGACUUGCAGCCAGGAAUGCCGUGUCGGCAAGUCGUGCAUCUCGACAACUCGGAUCGGUCCAACGCGUUAAAGCGGACGGUCGAGCUCACGGCAACGCUGAAUUCACCGCUGCAGGACACGGAAAUGAUUGUGGCCCAGACUCCACCUCUACCGCAGGCGUGUUCGCUGAGCGUUCAGAUCACGUGCGGGCAGUACAUGUGGCACCAGGAACGAGCCGACGACAACGUGCAGUUUCAUGUGUACGAGCUGCCGCGCCUGACCCAGUUGAAGCCUCCGUUUAUUCCGUACACGACCGGCGGGACCGUGUCGAUUCGCGGCCAAGGAUUUUUCAACUCGGGCAUGAUCUCUGUCCGCGCUGCUUUCUUGUCACCUGCAUUCGACUUUGACCACGACCAGGACGACGCUGUCAUUCAGUCGAAAUUGGACAGCCUCCUGGUGCACGAAGACAAGAUGGUCGAGCUGCCGGUGGCUUUUGUGAGCACGACCGAGCUGCGGUGUGACGUGCCUCCAAAGCUUCAAUCGCGGAAUGCGGUCUUUUGCGUAAGUUUCGAUCGACACACGUACACGCCGUUGACGGUAGCUGCGCUCUUGCGCAUGUUUGACAUGUCCGAUGUCGUGCCGAGCGGCGGUCCGAUUCAAGGCCACUCGUUCUUGACCCUCCACGGAACGAACUUGUCGCUGUGUCAGCUCGUGGACCACCCGCCGGUGAUUCGAUUCUCCAUGUUUCGAAACCAGAAGCUGAUCGAGCGCAGCUUUGUUCAUGGCGAGCUGCAUGGCGGCAUCCUGCAUUGCUACACCCCUCCGUGUCGCCUUGGUCUGGACAAGCUCCAUGUGAUGCUGGAUGUGUCCCUGGGGGGUCCAGAUGCCGCCUACUCGAACGACGGUGUUCCGUUUGUGUAUUACAAAGUGCCCGUCUUGCGUAGUUUGAGCCCAACGUUACAUCUCGUGCCGGGGGCCACCGAUGUGAUGGUCCACACAGUCGAGUGUUGGGAAAACUCGUGCCAGCAGUUGCCCCUCGCCGAUCGACGGUGCCGCUUCCGAAUGAAAGGCCAAGCCCAAACGACCCACACAACCGAUGGCGGCAACGGCAUCGUUCGAUGUCGCUUACCUCGAUUCACGGUCCCGGUCGCGACACCUCAACUCCUUUCAGGAACGAGCAAGGACGACCCGAACGUGCCCAAACUCUGGAUUCGCAACAGCGGGCUCUUCGUCACGGUGCUGCGGGCGCGGAACCUCAAACUGCCCAGCAACGGGAGCACGGGCAGUAACCAAGCUCUGUGUCCGGUGGUGUUGCUCAGUUUGGAGAACCAGCGACUGCGCAGUGCCACCAAAGACUACAGCUGUAAUCCAGUGUUCAACCAACAGUUCGACUUUGAACUGUGCAGCGAUGAAGGCCAUCGGCACGGAGACUUGGUCAUCACGGUCGAGCACGAAGUCAAGUCGAUGCGCAACGAAGUGCUUGGAACCAUCACGUUUCCGCUGCGCGACGUCCACCACACUGUGUUGAUUCGUGCAUGGUUUUCGCUGAAUCCGCCUCAGUGCGCCAUCGUUGCGCCACAGCCUCAGCGUACAGCUCGACAGGUGCUCCACGACAUUGCAGAGAAAGAUCGCGAUGGCGGCACCGAUGCGACGGCCGCGCUGUCGCCGGCCCAACCGUCGGCAACGUCUCGAGGCGAAAUCGAGCUGUUUAUUCAUUUUGAGCCGAUGGUGCUCAAACGCGAGUCAAGUGUCCGAGAGUCUACUCUGCGGGGAAAGCUCCGCUCGGUCAUGAAGAAAACCAUGCAUGCCGAAGCCAUUGCGAAGCGGGUCAAACCCGCACGUCCUCAAAGCGGUGGCGACCGACAGCACUCGAUGUUGCAGCGCGCACCCAUGACCUCACGACGCACGGAGCAAGCGGCACACGUCAUUCCGAACGAGAUUGUGGUCGAGCUCGCAUUGAAUGGCCAGGAUUUCAUUUCCCAAUGUCCCAUCACGUAUUACGUCCAGCCGUUGCCUGUGAUUGAAAGCAUCGCACCCAAGUGCAUUCCGUCGCGAGGCGGGAGCAAGCUGAGCAUUCAUGGCCACAACUUUGUCGACACCAAGUGCAUUCGCAUUGCGUUCCUUUGGGGCGUGGAGCAUUACGCAGCCCUGAAACAAUCGUUCCGCGUCGAGACCGACGUGUUUGCAUCGGUACCUGUCACGGUUGUCAACGCCAAGUUUGACUCGCCAACGCACUUGGUUUGCACAACACCGCCGACGAAAGGCGCUUCCAAGCCAUGUUUUACACUCCUCGUCGCGCUGAACGGGAUGGAUUUCAAUAGCAUCUUCCUUCCGCCGGAGCACGACGCGUCCAGCACCAACGUAGCCAUGACCGCGGACGACAUGUGGAAUGCGUUUCAAGUCAAGGAACUUGCUGCGAUGCCCGAACUGCCUCAGAACGAAUGGAAAGUAUUCGAGACGCCCGUCGUGCACACGAUUCAGUCGGCCAACGCGACCUACACGACCAAGCUCAUCUUUCGCGGGGAGAACUUUGGGUCGGUCGACAACCCAAAGGCGAAGUUUGUCCACGUGCCUCGAAAAGGCUCUCAAGACAUCAAGCUCGACGAUGCCAUCGCAACGUUGUCUGUCAUGUCGUCCAUGCAAAUGGAGUGCUGGGCGCCCGAUUUCCCGCCAGGCUCCGUCGUCCAGAUCAAGAUCGCCAUGAACGGCCACGACUUUAUCGACAUGCCUGGAACGCUCGUGAUAUGCAAUGCCCCAAAGAUUCUGCGGCUCGAUCCGUCGUGGGUGUUUGCGAGCGGCAACCCCCCGCUGCGCAUCGUCGGGUCCAAUUUCGUGGAAACUGGACACAUCACGGUGUCAUUCACAUGCGAGAACUCGACGACCAAACCUUUGCUUGUUCGAGGCACGUACAAGGAUGGAGCGAUUCAUUGCGCAGUCCCGACAGCCACCACGUUCGACGCGAACGAGAACCCGUGCUCGUGGCUUGACGUGGACGUGUCGCUGGGAAAAGAAACCGUGACUGCGUUCACUGGCCAAGCCAUGCGGUUGCAAUUGUACCACCACGUUCCAGAAUGUUCGCAAGUCAGUCCGUCGGACGGGCCGAUCUGGGGCGGCACGACGUUGACCAUUCGUGGCGCCAACUUUGUCGCGACCGACACGUUGUCCGUGCGCUUCACACUGCUGCAAUUCAUCACGUGCCCGAAAACCCAACAGUCCAAGUGGCAGGUUGUUCCAGACGAUGACCAUUGCGUCAUGGUCCGGGCGGGUUUUGACUCGACGGAAGUGCUGACGUGCGUGACGCCGUCGAUGCCAUCGGAAGGACCCGUGUCCAUCCAAGUGAGUCUGAACGACCGCGACUUUAGCCCGGUGACCGACUCGACCUGGUUUGUCAUGUGGCGCACGUGGCAGACGCGAAUCAGUAUGAUCAAACAAAGUAUGCAUCAAGAUGGCGGCGCGCGCCUGGCGUGGCAAAAGCACUUUGAACUGAAGCAUACGCCCAAAUUGAACUUUUACAGCGGUCGACUCAAAACGACGAGUUGGAAAAUACAAGACACCCACCAUCCCCGGACGACCCCCAUCCCUCCAAAACGGGUCGACAACCUGCCUGAAAUUCUUCGCGACUUGGCGGCCAAGCCGACGGCGCGUGUGAAUGUGACGACGACCUCUUCUCCAACCGAUGCGGACGACGACGCGUCGACCAACCCCGAGACCGAGUUGUACAUCCCACCCAACAUUGUGUGGCCGGAAGCCGUGUUUGCCGAUGGCGGCGCAACAUCGCAAACGCCAAAUCGCCUGGUGGAGCUAUUGCGACAGCUCUACCGGUCGCCCAUCACGCAGCAGGACAUUUAUUCGCGCCUGAUCUUCAUGUACGACAACGCGGCUCUCCUGAACGCUAAGUACACGAGCGCACCGGUCGUUGAGGGCCACAAUCCACCGACCACGCCCGGAGAGAGCCCGUUGCAUCGUCGGGUGUCGUUUCCUCCGCUGCGCCGAGCGGCGUCCUCCUCGAUCGACUUGAAGAAGCUGCAUCGCCAACGCACGGGCCUCUGUUUCAAGGGACUCGCUGAAGGCAUCCAGUGGAUCUUUCCCCACGCCACGGAAACCGACAUUGUCGAGCUGUGGGUGUUUUUGGGUACUCAUCUUGUCGUGGAGUUCUCCGUUGAACGUCGUGGGGUUUUCACGUGUAUUUAGAUCCAAAUAAAGCAGGGGCGGUCAGCUUGGAUACAGUGUGCUCCCGACUCCUCGCCGAUUCGCGCCCUCCCAGCCCCGAGCCUGGUCCAAGCCACUACGACCCCCAGCCUCUGGAAGCCCACAUUCCCUCGCUGAACAUCGUCGACCCUCCGUUUCCCACUCGUGCCGAGUCGCCUCCAUAUCCGUUCCUCGACGUCGGCGCCGCGCGCGAUUCGUUGUAUCCGACCUCACCUCGCCAUACGUUUGCCCAUCGCGACAACAUGAAGGCGCAAUGGUGUGACCCAUUGUACAAAGGCCCUGGAUCGGAACUCGCCAAACCAAACGUCCAACUCGAUGGCACGGCGUUAAAACCACUCUCGACAACGCCACGCGUCCCCGAAGCCAAAUUUCCCCCGUUGACGGCGGAAGAAAUCCAGUCGCAGCUUGCCAAAGGUCGGGCAAAACUACCACCUGCUAGCUACGGAAUUUUGUCCGUCAAGUUGAAGGCACCGUCGUCGUUGCAAGGCAACUUGAAAGGCCGUCGCGGAACUGUCGUCCAAAUGAAGGGCAAGCUGCGGUCGCCCGCCAAAGUUAAGAUCGACCAAGCCAUGCUCAAACGCAGAUCGAGCACGAUUUUCCAAAAACCGUCCGACACGCUGCGAAAAGUGUCCCGCGCCGUCGGGUUUGUCGCUCGAAAAUCGACCAUGGCGUCUGCCGCCUCGUUCUCCAAGCAGUUCAAAGACGUCAAACCCGUCUACUUGGACAUCCUUCGACCCCUCGAUACGCCGUUCAAGUCGGAUAUGUGAAAUAUUCGAUCCAUCUAUUUAUUCUCGGUCGACACAAUGUCCAAAGUUGACUUGGCUGGCA